AUGGAGAUAGCCAAUGGAACCACAGUCCAAGAAUUCAUUUUGCUGGGAUUUAGAGUUGAGUCGCAGAAACAAUUCUUGCUCUUUGUGUUUUUCACCAUUCUCUACAUGCUCACUUUGGCUGAGAAUAUCACCAUUAUCACAGUGGUGUUCCUAGAUAACCACUUGGCCCAGCUUCCCAUGUACAUCCUGCUCAGCAACUUUUCCUGGAUGGAGAUGUGCUAUGUAUCUACCACUGUGCCCCGUAUGCUCUUUGACCUGGCAUCCCAUCAUGGGGUAAUUUCUUUCCAUGAGUGCUUCCUUCAGUUCUACUUCUUCUUCUCAUUUGGCUGCACAGAAACCUUCUUCCUCUCAGCCAUGGCUUUGGAUCGGUAUUUGGCCAUCUGCCAUCCUCUGCGCUACCCACAACUUAUGUCCCGGCAUUCCUGUUAUGCCCUGGUGGGUUCAUGUUGGACUGGAGGCUUCCUGGGCUACAUCAUUCCAGUUAUUUUAAUCUCAAAGUUGUCCUUCUGCGGUCCUAAUGUUAUUGACCACUUUAUGUGUGAUCUUGGGCCAAUUCUAUCCUUGGCCUGCCCUCCUCUUGGGAACAUUUCUACUGUCUGCAAAAUUUUUAUCAAUACUCUGUUUUUAAGCAACAUCUUCUUUGUUGUGCUAUCCUAUGCCUUUGUGAUUCUUAAUCUGAUAAACACAUCUAGCCAAGGCAGUCGAAGGAAGGCCUUCUCCACCAUAUCUUUUCAUAUAAUGGUGGCAACACUUUUCUAUGGCACAGUAGGAGCAAUGUAUUGUAUUCCAGGUGGAGAAAGUCAGUCAGAGGUUGUGAAGGCAGUGACUGUCUUCUACACAGCUAUUACACCCUUCCUUAACCCUCUAAUCUACUGUCUGAGGAACAAUCAGGUGAAAGAGGCUAUGGGCAGGUUGUGGAGGAGAAAGGUAAUAAGGUGA